CUAAGAGUUGGGAGAGAAAGUGAUUGAAAUGGAGAUAUGUAUAUGAGAAUAUCCAACAAUUUAAUUGGGGUUCCUCGCCGUCUUCUGAGCCCUAAUUUCAAUCAACCCGUGUUUCUUCUUCUCCGGAGCUCUGCCGUCGCUGCUGCGCCCUGACUGAGAUGCCUCUCUCUGACGCAGCGGCCGAUCCAUCCCCCGAAUCUGAAACGGAGAUGGAUGACGACGAUUACAAUUAUGAAGAAGUAGAGGAAGAGAUCGAGGAAGAAGAAGAAGAAGAAGAAGAACAAGAAGAAGAAGUAGAAGAAGAAGAAGAAGUAGAAGAAGAAGAAGAAGACGAGGAAUGUGAGGAGGAAGAUAUAGACGAGGCGGGAGCUGAAGAUGAUGAAGAAUUAGUCUCACCCGAUGUUGUAGACAGCAGAAAAGACGAGGACGGAGAAACAGCUGAAAUUGCUGAAGGGUUAACUCUGCUCAAUGAAAGUAACCAUAAAAAACCAGAAACAGAUGUGGGAGUGGAAGCUGUGGAGGGAACUGAAAAUGUAGUGAAAUUAACCAAAGCCAUCGCAGAAGAUAAUACAAAAGAAGCGCCAGAUGAAAAAGGAGCAGCUGAAAUUGCCAUAGGAUUAACUGCAUGCAAGAAGGAAGACAAUAGACAAGCUCAAGGAUCGGAGGAAUAUGCUGCUGAAUUUGCUGAAGGAGAAGCACCGACCUUUAUAAACUAUCACAAAGAAGAAAAUGGACACAUUCCGGAGUCUGCAAGGCUUGACAAGCGUUUGGGGUCAAAUUCUGCUACUCCACAAGAACCACAAGCAAAUCCACCAUUGGCCUUUUCUGUGGCGGGGGACAAUAAUUACAGAACCACUUGCUCAAAUGAAGCAAAUGAAGGAAAAGAGCCAACAUCUGAUGGAAAUAAAGCCCUUGGCGAUGAUGUCAUUUCUCUGAAUGAGGGGGGAGUUAUGCACGAGAAAGAUUUUGGUUGUGAAAUGAGUGCUGAAAUUUUGGGGGUAGGCAUGACUGAUCAUGAAGCAGCUGUUGUAGAAGAUAUGGAUAUAUCACCAAGGUCAGAUGUUCCUCUUACAAGAUCAAGAAGUUUACCAUCUGGUUCUGAAUGCAAUGAUCAAAACAAACGACAAGCAAUUAUAUGUGACUUUUUUGCGAAAGGUUGGUGCAUCAAGGGAACUUCCUGUAGGUUCCUUCAUGUAAGGGAUAAUGCUGCUAGUAGUCCCAAGGAGAGUAGGGUAGAUGCUAAGCUAAUGGGCAUACAUCAAGGUUUGAAGGAUAUGACUUCAAUAUCUGCAAAGAUUGUGCCUUCUGAUCCGGCCCUUGCUUGGAUUGAACGUGAAGCGACACUAAGGUCAAAGAGUGGAGAGGAAGUGGCUGUACACAAAAGUGAUCCUUUGUCUGCUACCUCUUUUAAGGUGAAAGACAUUGUGAAUGAUCUUGAACAUAAGCCAUACUUGGCUAAUUAUAGCCACUCUUCUUCGUCAAUGCUCAGGGACUGUUCUCAAACUUUCGGGAAGGGCUCUUUCGGUAAAGGUUUGCCUUCUAAAAGUUAUCAAACUGAUGGGGUUCCCACUCAUUUAUCACAUUUAGAAGACAUAAGAAGUAAGGGAAGCCAAAGCCAGUUCAAGCAUGAUGGUUCCCCUGGCUUGCAGAAGAUAGUAGAAGGUGGCAAAGAACGUUCUGUUUCUGGAUCUAUUAUCUCUUUGCAAAACAGGUCUCCUCCGAUAUCUGGUUCUGAAUCAGAGUUAAUUUCUCAUGCUGGUAUAUCUGCCUUUACACAACAAUCAUAUUUGUAUAAGCCAAAGCCAUCCUUUGACCAUUGGGAGCCUUCUGUUCCAUUUCGACCAUCGUUCUUGAUUACUAGGCGUAUGUUAUCUGAGGCAAGUCUGUACGAUCCUAUGCGAGACAGCAUUGAGCAGACAAAUGCUCAAGAUCAGCCUUCACAGUCCCCUUUGUCAGGUCAUGGUGCAUCUGCUUUUGGCACACAAAAUGCUAAUUCAUGCCUUAACCCUGAACAGAGCUCUAACAAACAUUCGGUUUCUAGUCACAGUUCUCACCAGGAUACUGUUUGGAGAAAUCUUACAGCGAAAGAAAAUGAACUAAAAGAUACUGCUCGGGCUCCACCUGAGAAGAUUCGUACUAGUUUGAAAGGAAAGCAACUUCUAAAUGAUUCUGAUUUUAAAGAGAACACAGAAUCGGAAAAGGCACAUUAUAAUAAUCAUUCUGUGCAGAAGAAUGGGUCAAAGUGUAAGAUGGAACUGAAAGCAGAGAAAACCAAUGGUCAAAUUAAUGUUGAUGAUUUAGCUCACCAGGAAUCUAAAAAACUGUUUCAGUCUUCUCUUGUGGAGUUCAUCAAGCAACUAUUGAAACCAACUUGGCAUUUGGGUUUGGUGAGUCGUGAUGCCUACAAGGUUAUUGUAAAAAAGACAGCUGAUAAGGUUCUUGGUGCAUUGCAAACCCAACAAAUUCCUGAUAAUCCUGAAUCUGUCAAAGAAUAUCUUUCAUGCGUUCAGCCGAAACUUGAGAAGCUUGUUAAUGGUUAUGUUGAUAAGUAUGGCCAGUUGUGACACGCAUAACAAGUUUGGAACCUAAUAUACUACGUAGUUUGGAGCUAUCCCAACCGGGGAUAUUAGGAGUUCUGCCAACUGGUACCAUUGCUCUUUCUACAGGGAGUAAUUUUUUCUAGACCUUAGGCAUAUGCUUAUAAAUACUUAAGUUCUACUUGUGAAUUUAUAUAUUUUUAAACAUCAACAAGCUAUCUGUUUCUUAUAUUGUAUAGUCUAGUGUUUCUGCUUCUUACCUGUGUGAGUAUCUAGAGUUACUUUCCAUCACGAGGAUAGAGCUUGCUAACUAGUUGUCCCUUAGAAACAUCAUGCUUAACAAAGCAUUAGUUUUGUUUGUUCAACCAUACAUGAUGAUAGAGAUGCAGCGCAUGAAGAGACAUGAAAAUGAAACAUUUUCAUUGCAAAAAGGACAUGGCAAUGGCGGCUUCAGUUAAUAUUGUUUUUCUUCUCUUCCUCAGAGUUCAUAAACCUUACAGUUCAAGAAAGUUUUAUAUCCAUA